AAUUAUAACCCAGUAACAAAACGAGUGAAAAUCAAAGUGAAAAAUAACGCUAAAGUGAUUUUACAUGAUGGGUUAGCACAAAUGUUAGGUUUUGAACCUAUGGAAAUUACAUCUACAGAUGAUAGUUCCGAAACUGUUGUAGAAAGUCCUUUUGCAGCCGACCCCUGUGCACAUUAUCGUGUAUUAAUGAUAUAUACGGAUAUUGUAGAACCUCAAAUCGUAGGAGAUGUUUUAGCUCCUCUUCUUCGAAUUGUAAGAGUAACUGGUAGCGAUGGAGAAGUGGUGAGUGCACUAUUUGAUAGACCUCAUUAUUUACCUGUGAAUCGGAAAAUGAUAGACACUUUGGAAAUCGAUAUAAGAACGCAUAUGGGAGCAUUUACGCCAUUUGAACGAGGAAGGUCAUACGUGAAACUUCAUUGUUAAAUGAUGUAUCACAAGGACAAGAUGUAAAAGAGGCUGCUAAGCGUCGACUGAAAGAAGCCGGAAA